AUGGCAGCAGAGACAGUGCCGGUGCUUUCCCUCGCAGCGGCCGGCAAGAUCGCCGCAUAUUCAAUCCAAGACUCUAAGCACCCAGAGAUCGAACUCGCACAGGCCGAGCAUCGCAUUCGUCUGAUCAAUGUCUGGAACAUCAAGCCUGGUAGCCGAGUGCUGGAGAUUGGGUGCGGCCAGGGCAACUGCACAGCCGUGCUUGCUGAAGCGGUCGGUCCCGCCGGCCACGUCGACGCUAUUGAUCCUGCCCCGGGCGAAUAUGGUGCCCCUUUCACCCUGGCACAAGCCCAAGACCACAUCUCGAAGAGCCAAGUCGGAGAUCGCGUAACAUGGCACCGAGCAGAGCCUGUUGACUUCCUGCAGUCGAGCCCCGCCACUUGGGACGUGGCCGUCCUGGCCCAUUGUAUCUGGUACUUCAAAUCUGAGGACACCUUGAAGGGAAUCUUGUCCACUCUGCACGGUAUAGCUUCAAGAGUAUGCCUGGCCGAGUAUGCGCUUCAGGCGGGCCAUGCGGCAGCUGUGCCGCAUGUGCUUGCCGCCCUGGCUCGGGGGACGCUCGAGGCCCACAAGACACAAAGUACCCAAAACAUCCAAACUCCCCUCAGUCCUGAUGGCGUCAAACGCGCGGUCGAGGCAGCGGGGUGGAAGCUGCAAUAUGAAAAGGUGCUCACUCCGUCACCUGGCCUGCUCGAUGGCUGCUGGGAAGUUGGCACAGUUGUAAGCUCGGAUUUCGUCGAGGAAAUCCAGCAAGGAAUAGAAAGUCAGAGAGUCAAGAUCAUUCUGGAAUCUGCAAGAGAUGCGACCAUUGCGGCAACCAAUGCAGUAGGAGGCACCAAGAAGGUUCAGACAAUGGAUGUCUUUGUGGCCGCCUGGGGGACCUAG